UAUUUGUUGAGGAAUUAUUCAAUAUUGACUGAAGCUUUGAUUCCUUUUGUAAUCGAAAGCUUUUCAAUGAUGCUAAUGGUUUCACAAACAAAGACAUAAAAGAGACCAUUGUCUUUUUCUCCCCCCCACCAGAGUUCAUUACUCCAGGGGGUUGACAGAAGAAAUUCAAAGGAAUCAGCCUUUUGCAAUCUUAUGUAAUGAACAAUCUGAGAACCUGGCAGCACCUGUGACAUAAAACCAGCUGACCAGCACUGGUCAAGUCCAUUUGAACUCCUCCUCAGACUCGGACAGUCGGAUCAUUGAUUCUCUUUGACCACCGUGGUUAUUUGUGUUUGGGCCGAUAGAUUGAGGAACAUGAGGAAGCUGCUACUGGUCUGUGCUGUAUUUAUGGCGAUGUUUGUCACAGGUGAGUCCCUGACCUGUAACACCUGCGGAGUCGGGAUUGCAGGUAAAUGUCUUUUCGGCUCCACUGAAACCUGCAGUGACUCUGAGCCCAACUGCUACUGCGGAAACCUGGCCUUCAACGUCAGCAGUCUAUUGGGGCUGCAGACUCGAGGCUGCCUGGCCUCGUCCCUCUGCAACCAGACUGAAGCGGGAGCUCUCCUGACCGCCGGAUACACCGUCACCAAGACCUGCUGCAGCACCGACCUCUGCAACGGAGCCUCGUCCGUCCAGCUCCCUCUCACUGCUGCUUUGGCCGCCGCCCUGGUGGUUGUUUCGAGCAACUGCCGCCUUUAAAACUAAAAUUAACAAGAAUUACAAGAAGAUUUUUCUGUCUUGUCAAAUUUUAAAAAACUAAACAUCUUCAUCCACAUAGCAAACGUGUAACAGCAUGAAACCUUUUACUGUACGUUAAUAAAGCAGGUUUGAACCCUAAA